GGCGGCAAACGGGAGACGUUACUGGAUCGCAACAUGCAACGAAUCAACGCUUUGUGGGAUUUCAUCCAACAGGCCAGAGCAUUCGCAGAUCCAGACAGUAUGGCUUCCCUCGAAAAUCUACUACCGAAACUCGCCCAUCAAGUUGUGAUGGAGUUGCUAGAUGAAUGCGGCGUCCCAUACAUUUGUGGCACCCGCAAGGCUAAAUUACAAAUGGCUGAACUCGCUGUGGUACUUAACUGUCCGCUAAUGAGUAACAACUCCGACUUCUACAUAUUUCAGUCGCUUGUCCCAUCACGUUACCGAGUGAUUCCGUUCUCUUUACUAAAAUCUACUUGUGAGCAGUUGCCAACGAAAUGCGCCGAUUGUGACUCACAGUCUGCCACGUGCUAUGGAUUAUCAUGUUCCGUUUUUUGCCAAUAUCCACCUUGUUUGAACAAAGUGAAACCGCAUUUACUUCCCCUGCUGGCGGUGCUUUUGAACAAUGAUCCAAGUUCAAACGUUCGCCCGCCUGCUAGCGUCGAAGGCCUUAUAAAACAGUCUCAAGGCGUGAAGCGGAUACAUGAUGUGCUGCAUUGGUUGGAGCAAUUCUCGGGCGAACCCUCAGGUGCGAUACGUGAAAUUCUGUCCGGAUAUGCCAUGUUCGAGUUAGAAGAGAUUACUAAACAAGUCGCGCAGUGCAUCCAUGGGUAUUUUCUUGACUCGUUUACGGAUGGUUUUGAACUGGCCAAGGAAUUAAACCUCCCUACGGACACUGCAUUUGCCCUGCACGCACCACGCGGGAACCCACCUGUCAACAUUGAUUCUAUUUCAGUGAAAACGCUGGAUGAUGCUGUUUCAUUGCUCUCUCAGACCCUAGCUCAUUGGGAAGUUGCGGAGGUUGAAGUGAAUGCAGAUUUUUGCUUUCGAUGGCCGCGGCAGCUGAAACGCGCUUAUCGAAGUGGUCGGAUAACAAUUUCGCUGCUUGAUGCUCUUUACAUGCGUGGUGGAGGUGUGCUAUGGAUUCUGUAUGAGGAUCUGAACCACAAGGAUUCUAUCUACUCUGUGAGUGAGUAUGUUCGAUCGUUAAACUAUAGCUUAUUGCUUGAACUUGAGAAGCGCAACGGUUGUUCGCACAAAUUCCGCUGGUUGACAGAUGGCAAGCCGAUAGAGAGCCGCCGUGUAGGUAGGCGAAUAUCCACGUUCUCCGUGGAGUUGCCUGUUGUGAGCAUGCCCCGUGGUGAGUCUGCAGUAGAAAGAUUCCAUCAAUUUUUCAGACAGUAUUUAUCAAUUGACCUGAGCAGGGCGGAUUAUGACAUACCUCAAAUGUGGGGUAUUAUAUGUGUGCUUAUUUUGUGGUUACGACAUACAUCUAUUAAGAAUGUUAACCGACGUACAUUGGUCAGAAACCCUGUCGGGUUAGCUUUUAUCACUGUGCAUUGUUGA